CAUGGGGCCGGGUGAGCGCUGAGAGUCACGGCCGCAGCCAUCAGCCCUGGAGAUGACCAGGAGCGGCCACUGCUGAGAACUAUGUGGAGAGAGGCUGCGAGCCCUGCUGCAGAGCCUCCGGCUGGGAUAGCCGCCCCCCGUGGGGGCGAUGCGGACAGCGCGGGACAGCCAGGGGAGCGCGCGGGGGCCGCAGCAUGCGGGAACCCGCUAAACCCGGUGGCUGCUGAGGCGGCCGAGAUGCUCGUGCGCGCAGCGCGCCCCACUGCAUCCUCGACCUUCUCCGGCUACAGGGACCGUAAGUGGCGACUAUGGGCAGACUGGGCUAUUGGACCUUGCUGGUGCUGCCGGCCCUUCUGGUCUGGCGCGGUCCGGCGCAGGGCGCGGCGGCGGAGAAGGGUCCCCCAGCGCUGAACAUCGCGGUGCUGCUGGGUCACAGCCACGACGUGACAGAGCGCCAACUUCGAAACCUGUGGGGCCCCGAGCAGGCAGCGGGGCUGCCCCUGGACGUGAACGUGGUGGCCUUGCUGAUGAACCGCACCGACCCCAAGAGCCUCAUCACGCACGUGUGCGACCUCAUGUCCGGGGCACGAAUCCACGGCCUGGUGUUUGGGGACGACACCGACCAAGAGGCUGUGGCCCAGAUGCUGGAUUUUAUCUCCUCACAGACUUUCAUCCCCAUCCUGGGCAUCCACGGGGGAGCAUCUAUGAUCAUGGCUGACAAGGACCCGACGUCCACCUUCUUCCAGUUUGGAGCGUCCAUCCAGCAGCAAGCCACGGUCAUGCUCAAGAUCAUGCAGGACUACGACUGGCACGUCUUCUCCCUGGUGACCACCAUCUUCCCUGGCUACAGGGACUUCAUCAGCUUCAUCAAGACCACCGUGGACAACAGCUUCGUGGGCUGGGACAUGCAGAAUGUGAUCACGCUGGACACGUCCUUUGAGGACGCGAAGACGCAAGUCCAGCUGAAGAAGAUCCACUCCUCCGUCAUCCUGCUCUACUGUUCCAAAGACGAGGCCGUCCUCAUCCUGAGCGAGGCCCGCUCCCUGGGCCUCACGGGCUAUGACUUCUUCUGGAUUGUCCCCAGCUUGGUCUCUGGGAACACGGAGCUCAUCCCCAAAGAGUUUCCAUCGGGACUCAUCUCCGUCUCCUACGACGACUGGGACUACAGCCUGGAGGCGAGGGUGAGGGACGGUCUGGGCAUCCUGACCACCGCGGCGUCCUCCAUGUUGGACAAGUUCUCCUACAUCCCCGAGGCCAAGGCCAGCUGCUACGGGCAGACGGAGAAGCCGGAGACCCUGACUCACACUCUGCACCAGUUUAUGGUCAAUGUGACGUGGGACGGCAAAGACUUGUCCUUCACGGAGGAGGGCUAUCAGGUGCACCCCAGGCUGGUGGUGAUCGUGCUGAACAAAGACCGACAGUGGGAGAAGGUGGGGAAGUGGGAGAACCAGAGCCUGAGCCUGCGGCACGCCGUGUGGCCCAGGUACAAGUCCUUCUCCGACUGCGAGCCGGACGACAACCACCUGAGCAUCGUCACCCUGGAGGAGGCUCCCUUCGUCAUCGUGGAGGACAUAGACCCGCUGACCGAGACGUGCGUGAGGAACACGGUGCCCUGUCGGAAGUUCGUCAAGAUCAACAAUUCAACCAACGAGGGGAUGAACGUCAAAAAGUGCUGCAAGGGGUUCUGCAUCGACAUCCUGAAGAAGCUCUCGCGGACCGUGAAGUUCACCUAUGACCUCUACCUGGUCACCAACGGGAAGCACGGCAAGAAAGUCAACAACGUGUGGAACGGGAUGAUCGGGGAGGUGGUCUACCAGCGAGCAGUCAUGGCGGUCGGCUCACUGACCAUCAACGAGGAGCGCUCCGAGGUGGUGGACUUCUCCGUGCCCUUCGUGGAGACCGGGAUCAGCGUCAUGGUGUCCAGGAGCAACGGCACCGUUUCACCCUCUGCCUUCCUAGAACCCUUCAGCGCCUCCGUCUGGGUGAUGAUGUUCGUGAUGCUGCUCAUCGUCUCUGCCAUCGCCGUGUUUGUCUUUGAGUACUUCAGUCCCGUUGGCUACAACAGAAACCUGGCCAAAGGGAAAGCGCCCCACGGGCCUUCUUUCACCAUCGGAAAGGCCAUCUGGCUCCUCUGGGGCCUGGUGUUCAACAACUCUGUGCCUGUCCAGAAUCCUAAGGGCACCACCAGCAAGAUCAUGGUAUCCGUGUGGGCCUUCUUUGCCGUCAUAUUCCUGGCCAGUUACACAGCCAAUCUGGCUGCUUUCAUGAUCCAGGAGGAGUUUGUGGACCAAGUAACAGGACUCAGUGACAAGAAGUUUCAGAGACCUCAUGAUUAUUCUCCACCUUUUCGAUUUGGGACGGUGCCUAACGGCAGCACGGAGAGAAACAUCCGGAAUAACUACCCCUACAUGCACCAGUACAUGACCAAGUUCAACCAGAAGGGGGUCGAGGACGCCCUGGUCAGCUUGAAGACGGGGAAGCUGGACGCUUUCAUCUACGACGCCGCGGUCUUGAAUUACAAGGCCGGGAGAGACGAGGGCUGCAAGCUGGUGACCAUCGGGAGUGGGUACAUCUUUGCCACCACUGGCUACGGCAUUGCCCUCCAGAAGGGGUCGCCCUGGAAGAGGCAGAUCGACCUGGCCCUGCUGCAGUUUGUGGGUGAUGGGGAGAUGGAGGAGCUGGAGACUCUGUGGCUCACGGGGAUCUGCCACAACGAGAAGAACGAGGUGAUGAGCAGCCAGCUGGACAUCGACAACAUGGCGGGCGUGUUCUACAUGCUGGCCGCCGCCAUGGCCCUCAGCCUCAUCACCUUCAUCUGGGAGCACCUCUUCUACUGGAAGCUGCGCUUCUGCUUCACGGGCGUGUGCUCGGACCGGCCCGGGCUGCUCUUCUCCAUCAGCAGGGGCAUCUACAGCUGCAUUCACGGAGUGCACAUCGAAGAAAAGAAGAAAUCUCCAGACUUCAGCCUGACCGGUUCCCAGAGCAACAUGCUGAAGCUCCUUCGGUCGGCCAAGGACACGUCCAACGUGUCCAACAUGAACUCCUCCAGAAUGGACUCACCCAAAAGAGCCCCGGACUUCAUCCAGAGAGGUUCCCUCAUCAUGGACAUGGUCUCAGACAAGGGGAACCUCAUCUACUCGGACAACAGGUCCUUUCAGGGGAAGGACAGCAUCUUUGGGGACAACAUGAAUGAACUCCAAACGUUCGUCGCCAACAGGCACAAGGAUAACCUCAACAACUACGUGUUCCAAGGCCAGCACCCUCUCACCCUCAACGAGUCCAACCCGAACACGGUGGAGGUGGCCGUGAGCACAGAGUCCAAAGGCAACUCCAGGCCCCGGCAGCUGUGGAAGAAGUCCAUGGAGUCCCUGCGCCAGGAUUCUCUGAGCCAGAACCCGGUGUCCCACAGGGAUGAGGGGACCACCGUGGAGAACAGGACCCACUCCCUAAAGAGCCCCCGGUACCUUCCCGAAGAGGUGGCCCACUCCGACAUCUCUGAAGCUUCCAGUCGUGCCACGUGCCACCGGGAGCUGGACAACAACAAGAGCCACAAGACCAAGGACAACUUCAAGAGGUCCCUGGCCUCCAAGUUCCCCAAGGACUGCAGCGAGGUGGAGCGCACCUACCUGAAGACCAAGGCGGGCUCGCCCAGGGACAAGAUCUACACCAUCGACGGGGAGAAGGAGCCCAGCUUCCACCUGGACCCGCCCCAGUUCGUGGAAAACAUGGCCCUUCCGGAGAACGUGGGCUUCCCGGACAGCUACCAGGAUCACAACGAGAACUUCCACAAGGCGGACUCCACGCUGCCCAUGAACCGCAACCCCCUGCGUAACGAAGACGGGCUUCCCAACAACGACCACCAGUACAAGCUCUACGCCAAGCACUUCACCCUCAAAGACAAGGGGUCCCCCCACAGCGAGGGCAGCGACCGCUACCGCCAGGGCUCCACCCACUGCAGGAGCUGCCUCUCCAACCUGCCCACCUAUUCCGGCCAUUUCACCAUGAGGUCCCCCUUCAAGUGUGACGCCUGCCUGCGGAUGGGCAACCUCUACGACAUCGACGAAGACCAGAUGCUGCAGGAGACGGGGAACCCCACGCCCCGGGAGGAGGUCUACCAGCAGGACUGGGCGCAGAACAACGCUCUCCAGUUCCAGAAGAGCAAACUGAGGAUCAGCCGCCAGCAUUCCUACGACAACAUCCUGGAUAAACCCAGGGAGAUGGACCUGGGCAGGCCCUCCCGGAGCAUAAGCCUCAAGGACAGGGAGCGGCUUCUGGAGGGCAACUUGUACGGGAGCCUGUUCAGCGUCCCCUCCAGCAAACUCUCGGGGAACAAGAGCUCCCUCUUCCCCCAGGGUCUGGAGGGCAGCAAGAGGAGCCAGUCUCUGUUGCCAGACCACACCUCCGACAACCCCUUCCUCCACUCCCACGGCGAUGACCAGCGCCUCGUUAUUGGGAGAUGCCCCUCAGACCCCUAUAAACACUCGUUGCCCUCGCAGGCCAUGAAUGACAGCUACCUUCGAUCAUCCUUGAGGUCCACGGCGUCGUACUGUUCCAGGGACAGUCGGGGCCACAGUGAUGUGUAUAUUUCGGAGCAUGUUAUGCCUUAUGCUGCAAAUAAGAAUAAUAUGUACUCUACCCCCAGGGUUUUAAAUUCCUGCAGCAAUAGACGCGUGUACAAGAAAAUGCCUAGUAUCGAAUCUGAUGUUUAAACUCUCCCAUUAAUGUUUUAUCAUAGGGAAACAUGGAGUGGUGAGCGCUCUGGAGGGUGAAUGUGGUCGUCCGAUAGUGCCCUGCAAGGAGGAGGAGGGCUUAGAGAGGUCAUUUUUGUUGGCUCUUUUGCACAUGGCUCAUGCCAUAAUCUGCCACUCAAGGAAUCUUUGAGCUGUGUGCUGAGCACAGCAGAAACCAGAGAGUUAAGUCCUUAACCAAAAACAAAACAAAAAAAAAAAAGGGCAGGUCUCCGGACACGCCUUACCAGGUGUGUUGGCAAUAACGGCCCAGGGUGUCGAUGGCGAUGUUAUGGUUCCCUGUAUUCAAAUCCCAUUAACAUCGGUCCACCAUGUCAUUUCCUCAUCUGAAAUGCCUAAUGGUUUCUCUAAUACAGAAUAAGCAAUAUGGUAUGCAUGUGACCCUGACACAGACAAUAGGACAGUUAGGAACGCACCUGCACCGGAGCGAGAUGGACCUGUGCGGGAGGUUAGGAAGUCUGGCUCGUAACCGUUCUCACUUUAUUGUUAUGCUGCCCCUCAUGCCCAGGCCCGACCCCGAGAGCCCCAGGCUCCCCCAAGAAUAGCAGAUCAGCGUGUUCGUGGCUCCUCCGCUCCCUUUACCACCGUCCCUCCAAGACGCAGCUGGAGCGAAACGCCACAGGGACUCUCAGGCGGAGCCACAGGGACUCUCAGGCGGAGCCACAGGGACCUCUUUGGAUGUUGAUGUGCGUUUUCCUCUCAUCCUGGGCUCUGAUGGUCUUGCUCAGAGUUGCAUAAACUAGCACGUGUGUGUCUUCGAUACCUAAGUGUGGAUCUUCUGUCCGCGACACAGUGGCCGUUGUAGUUGACCCCGAAGACUCCUGUGUACGUAAGUUCGCAUUUCCUCCCUUCUGGUGACGACUCAGGGUUGUAUAGUAUCUGUUACCCCGACCCUCCCAGCGGAACCGUAACUUGUCCCGUCCCCCGAACAGCCAUGGUGGUGUCUAAUUAGCUGUGUGUUUCUGUUCCCAGAGUUGUUAAUGUGGUGACACGUGCCAACAGCCAUAUGCGUACAGUGAUCUGUAAGGAGCACCGUGCCAUCUGUCUGCCCGAGCCUAGCAUGGUUUUAGGUUUAUCUUCCUUAAUGUCACAAAACGCUCUUGGACGCUCAUUUCCACCCCAACCUCCUCAAAUCAAAAGUCUCCAAAACAUGAGACACUCAUGCCUCCUCCCUGAGCACCCCCCAAAUUGUGGAUGAACUUGAUGAGCUGAGCGCUCUCUCUCUGCUGAAACACACACUCUCUCUCUCCAAGGCAAACUGCCUCGUCAGCACCAACAGAAAUAUGUGAAAAACCCCCAGACGCGUGUGUCUCAUCUCAUUCUUACUCUGCUAAAACCCGGGCACGCACGGCACGGGUGACUCUCGUUAUCAAAAACAGUUGGAGGCAGAGAGGGGAAUAUUCACACUUGGGAAACUUCUUAGCACAGCACCUGCCGCAUUAAAAAAAAAAAAAAAAAGCAAACAGAAAAAAUAAAGGUCGUUGUUAUUUUAUGACACUUUUUCAGACCAGAAUUUUCUAGUUUCAAAAUUAAAUAUCAUAAAAC